UAGCUGGAACUUUGCAACUUGCCUGCAGCCUGGUCACAGAGAGGAUGACGAACAGUUCCCACACUAUGAAGACCGGUGUGCUCCUCCUGCUGGUGAGCCUACUGUGUGCAGAGAACGCUCAGGGGUUGCGCUGCUACCAGUGCAUGGGGGCCGCCAAACCUGAGACUUGCCAACCAGACACCUGCUCCUACACUAACGGCGUCUGCGUUACUCAGGAGAUGGAAUCCACUGUGGGAUCUUACAAAGUGACAUUAAUAAACAAGUUGUGCCAUCCCACCUGCCCCAAUAAGGAGUUUUCUGGAAUUCUGGAAGACCUGGGCAUCCCCAUCAACUCCAAGAUUUCCUGCUGUAACACAGACCUCUGCAAUGAGGCAGGUGCUACUGGGGGCAGCAUCUGGACCCUGGCAGGGGUGCUUCUGUUUAGCCUGGGGUCGGUCCUCCUGCAGGCCUGGUUGUGAUGCCACUCCGGCCCUCAUCUUCCUAUCUCCUCCUUCCUGGAGCCCUCUCAUGAUGGAUUAUGAGUUAUAAAAAACCCUGAAGUGGGGUUAGGGUGUGGUCCACUCUGCUUCAACUUUAUAGCCCCCAUCACCACGUCCUUCAGAAUGCCGUUCUGCUGUGGCUUGCUCUUCUCGGUUCUGGAGGCAUGUGGACAGUACCGGGAAGGGGAAGGAUUCCAAGGUAUUGUGCCCACGCUGUUUACACAUGAAUCUCUGGGCGCCUGUGGGUUUCCCCUACAUGCUGCUCAAAGUUGAGUUCAAUAAACCCUUUGU